AUGAGAAGAAGGCAAGGAGAAGAAGGCAAGGAGAAGAAGGCAAGGAGAAGAAGGCAAGGAGAAGAAGGCAAGGAGAAGAAGGCAAGGAGAAGAAGGCAAGGAGAAGAAGGCAAGGAGAAGAAGGCAAGGAGAAGAAGGCAAGGAGAAGGCAAGGAGAAGAAGGCAAGGAGAAGGCAAGGAGAAGGCAAGGAGAAGAAGGCAAUGAGAAGGCAAGGAGAAGAAGGCAAUGAGAAGGCAAUGAGAAGGCAAGGAGAAGGCAAGGAGAAGAAGGCAAUGAGAAGGCAAGGAGAAGAAGUGCCAAAAGAAGAUGGAAGAGGAAAACAUGGAAACUACCCACACAAAUUUCAAGAUGAAGCUGUACAAAGUGUGAGAGAAUUUCUCAACGCCAUACCGAAAUAUAACAGUCAUUACAGUAGGCAACAGAACGUCAAUCAAGUGUAUUUGGAUUGUGAUCUCACAAUUGCUUCCUUAUUUCGAGAUAAAUACUCAGAAUACUGCAAGGAAAAGCAAGUUCCUGCAGUAUCUGAAAGUAAAUUCAGAGAAAUUUUCGUAUCUGAAUUUGACAUAGGCUUCAAACUACCAAAAAGUGACACCUGUUCACAAUGUGAAGGAUUUCUAAUUGCAAUAAAUAACCCAGAAUUAUGUGCAGAAGAUGUCACAGAAAAGAAACAACAAUGUGAACUGCAUCUCAAAAAGGCUGACAGAGGACAAAAUAUGAUUGCGUCUUUAACUGCUCUGGCUAAAGAACAUUCGAAAGAGCAUCAUGUGAUAGCAAUGGACAUGCAGCAAACGUUCCCCACACCUAAACUAACAGCUGGUCCAGCAUUUUACAAGAGGAAAAUAUGGACAUACAACUAUGGUAUCCACGACUGUGGAUCAAAUAAGGGCUAUAUGUUUCUGUGUAGCGAGAAAGAUGGAGGACGGGGUUCAGAUGAGGUUGGGAGCUGCUUAUUGAAGUUCUUGGAGAUAACUAAUCCUCACAGACAAAACGUCUCCACAUAAUCACAGACAACUGCAAGGGUCAAGCAAAGAAUUGGACUAUUAUUUCUUUGGAAAGGUCCCUUGUCGCUAUCAAAAGAUUUGAUUGUCCAGCAUUACUUCCCUGUGGUAGGUCACACCAUGCUACCUUGCGAUCGUGAUUUUGGCCGCGAUCGUGAUUUUGGUCGCAUUGACCGGUAUGCAAGAAACAGACGUCCAAUAGUGUACACUCCAGAUGAAUGGGCAGAAGUAAUAAAAUCUGCGAGUCCAAAACAUUUAACCGUAACUAAACUGGAAAGAGAAGACUUCAGAAAUUUGGAAAGCCUGAAGACAUUGAUCUCUCAACAUACAGAAUCCACAUCUGGAGAUCCCCACCAUUUCAGUGAAGCUACCCAAUUUAAGUUUGAGUCUGAAGAUCCCUUCAAGCUAAGUUUAAAGCACUCUUAUUCAGACAGGAGCUUUCAUGUUGACAUUUGUAUUAAAAAGAAAGGAAGGCUAGUAGAACCAAAUCCAUAUCAGCUGCCAAUAAAGUACAGAAAGCCACUACCAAUUAACCAGAAAAAGUUGAUA